ACGAAAAUGGAGGAGAAAUUGCAGGUGUGGGUGAUGUUGGCCAUGGCUUUAUCCCUGCUCUCUGCUGCAUCGGCUAAGCCGGGCCUUGCGUAUUGGCACUCGCUGUCUUAUUAUCCUGCGGCUUGUGCAGGGUUCGAUAACAGCGGAUCGAUGACCACGGGAGUGGGGGACGAAUUGUGGGACAACGGGAGGGCCUGCGGACAGAUGCUGACGGUCAAAUGCACCGGCUCUGCUAACGGCUUUCCGAAACCUUGCAAGGACGGCGUCGUCACGGUCAAGGUCGUGGACUACUGCCAGCAACCGUGCGACGUCAACCUCUCCUGGGAUGCCUUCUCCAGUAUCGCCAACCCUGACGCCGGCAGCGUCCGGGUGGACUACUCCUAGGAAGGAACUCGAGACCCUUUUCCUGAAGGAAAAGCAUAAAGUUCGGGGACGAUCACGAAGAUAGUGUCUGCUUUUUUAUGGCUUUUAUGGUUUGGAUAUGCCGGCUUUGAAGACUACUUAAAUAACGUGAUGCUUGAUCUCCGAUCUG